UUUAAAGCUUGUGCACGAGCCUGUGCUAUGUGCGCGCGGGCAAAGCGUGGAUUUAUAUUGAAUUGUUAAAAACACCGCACUUGCGCGGAUGCAGCAUAGAGUCUGCUGGUUGAUUUCAAGUGGCUGGCCAUCGCCUUCCAUUCGCCCCGCGCCCGAUGCUGCAGGAGUCCUCUCCCCCGGUGACUGGAUACAUGAAGAAUUUCCCGUAAACGACAUCUCCCCCGCUAUAACGGGCCGGAAGAUAAUUACUGCGUUGACGUGUUGAUAUACAUAUAUUUUAAAAUAUCAAAUAUGAAUCAUGCAUUUGAUAUUUCUAGCAAAUUUGCUCGUGAGCAUCCUUGCAUCCGGGCUCCAUUCAUCCAUAGCAUCAAUCGGAGGAGAGAAUGAGGUGGUGGAGAGGGACGCAGAACCAUUAUUGUUGGAGCGAGAGGCAACUGCAGCAGCGGCCACAGACAACACAAGUCACCGUGCGGCUGAGCAUGUGAUCACCUACCCUUCUCGGCUCAUCUAUUACCUGAAGGAGGACUCAGAGAGCACUUACCAUGACCUGGACACCCGGACUAGGAACCAGGUCACAGAGGGUCAUGACCAGGCAGUCCAUCUUGCCCAAGCCAGUUUCCAGUUAGAGGCCUUUGGCUCCAGAUUUGUAUUGGACCUAACGUUAAACAAUGACUUGUUGUCGUCGGAUUAUGUGGAGAUCCACUAUGAGGAGGGUAAACCUGUUCUAUCAAAGGGUGGUGAGCACUGUUACUACCACGGCCAGGUGAGGGGGAAAGAUGAUUCCCACGUGGCCUUGUCUACCUGCAAUGGGCUGCACGGAAUGUUUGACGAUGGACUCUAUCUCUAUAUAAUGGAGCCUUUGCAACAGACUCACACAAUUGAUACAGCCGCACGGCCCCACUCACUGCGCAGGACGCCCAGCCUCCAGUGGAACAGUGACUCAGAGGAACUGGUGAAGGACGAGCGGCUGCUUUCGGAGCUGGACGACAUGGCCUGGCUGAAGCGUAGGAAAAAGCGGGCUAUGCCUAGGAAUGUAUUUGAGGAGAUGAAGUAUUUGGAGAUUAUGAUCGUCAGUGACCAUAAUAUGUAUAAGCGACUCAAGACCAAGCAGCACACCAGGAACUCUGCCAAGUCAGUGGUGAACCUUGUUGAUGCUAUCUUUAAGGAACACCUGCACACACGGGUGGUUCUGGUUGCCGCGGAGAUCUGGACGGACAAGGACCAGAUUCCCAUCAGUGUGAAGCCUCUGGACAUGCUGAAAGAUUUCUCUAAGUACCGGGCGCAGAGCAUCAAGCAGCACGCUGACGCUGUGCACCUCUUCUCCAAUGUGACCUUCCACUAUCGCCGAAGCAGUGUAGCGUACUUCGGGGGCAUGUGCUCUGUGAGCCGUGGAGUAGGGGUCAACGAGUAUGGCACCACAUGGACUAUGGCUUCAUCACUCUCCCAGAGCUUGGCACAGAAUCUCGGCAUCCAGUGGGAUCCAGCCGCCAAGAGAAAGGAAUGUGGCUGCUCUGACUCCUGGGUGGGCUGCAUCAUGGAGGAUACUGGGGUCCAGCAUCCCCGGAAGUUCUCCAAGUGCAGCAUCUCAGACUACAAGGAGUUCCUGCUGAAGGGCGGUGGAUCAUGUCUUUAUAACAAGCCAACCAAGCUGUUUGAAUCUACAGAGUGUGGGAAUGGAUACAUUGAGGUGGGAGAGGAGUGUGACUGCGGAGAUAGAACAGAGUGCUACAAGGACUGCUGUAAGAAGUGUUCCCUAGCUAAUGGUGCACAUUGUGCUGAUGGACCUUGCUGCAACAACACUUGUCUGUUCUACCCACGUGGUUACAGUUGUCGCUAUGCGGUGAAUGACUGUGACAUCUCAGAGACAUGCUCAGGAGACUCUGGCCAGUGCCCUCCCAACCUCCACAAACAAGAUGGCUACCAAUGUCAAGUCGACCAGGGACGCUGCUACAGUGGAGAGUGCAAGACCAGAGGAAACCAGUGCAAAUACCUCUGGGGCCCAAAGGCGGGAGGCUCUGAGAAGUUCUGCUACGAGAAGCUAAACACAGAAGGAACCGAGAAGGGAAACUGUGGAAAGGAUGGAGAUAAGUGGCUCCAGUGUAGCAAGCACGAUGUGUUCUGUGGGUUCCUGCUGUGCAGUAACAUCGGACACAACCCCCGCAUCGGCAUGAUGAAGGGAGACAUCACUCGUACCUCCUUCAACCAUCAGGGCAGGCCGGUGAACUGCAGUGGUGGCCAUGUUCUUUUGGACGAUGAGACUGACUUAGGCUACGUGGAGGACGGAACGCCCUGUGGGCCGUCCAUGAUGUGCCUUGACCACAAGUGUCUGCCCAUCCAGUCCCUCAACAUGAGCACAUGUCCCAGCGGGCCCAACAGCCAGGUGUGCUCAUCCCACGGGGUGUGUAACAACGAGGCGACGUGCACCUGUGACACCACCUGGGCUGGGACAGACUGCAGCAUGCCCGACCCUCCCAAGGUGCCUGCACCCACAGAAGACGAAGAACCAAAAGGUCCUAGUGCCACGAAUCUUAUAAUAGGCUCCAUCGCUGGCGCCAUCCUGGUGGCUGCCAUAGUGCUGGGGGGGACCGGAUGGGGCUUUAAGGUUCGAGGGUGAGAGUUUAAGCGGAAGUGGUGAGAGAGAAGCCAGGGCCAUAUUGUUGGCCGCAGCCUUUGUGCCAUGGCUGGCCACACCCACCUGGAUGGCCAGGCUCCGCCCUAGAGCAGAGCAGGACUCCCGGACCCGCCCACACCAGCUGCCAUUGCUGCCUGCUUCACAGACCUGGUACACACACGGCGCAUUGUACUGCAUGACCCACCACGCACAUCAAUAGAGCCAUCUCCAACUGGCCUACUAUUGAAACAGGUGCAUGACAGACUGCUAGAAGCCCUACAUCAAGCCACUUACAGAGAGGUUAUGCACAACUCAUGUUGUUGGUGUUAUCUUGUCGUUGUUGUUGUUGUGGUUGUUGAUGUGUUGUUGUCUCCUCUUUCCCUCCUUUUAUAGAGUACAUUUUUGUUUGGUUCUCUCUCUCACCCCAGAUGCUAAUGUUUUGAAUGGAACAAAUGUGUUUUUUCCCUGUCAGAGAUGGUAAUGAGCGAUACAUGUCCUCUCCUUGUCCUUGUGUUUUGGAAAGCUAACUGUAUGUCACAUGGACUAGCACAGCCUUUUCUCAUUGCCUCCAGCACCAUGCUGUGGUUGCUAAUGUGAAACACAAAAUCAGUGUCAUUGCAAUGCAGAAGAAUUUACUCACUGUCUUUCUGAAAAAUAAACAACCAUAAAAGCACUGCACA